AUGUUCAAUAUAGCAUUGAAAGAUUUGACAGAACUUAUUAGAGGCAAAAUUAAAAAUAAUGAAACUGUUGUUCCAAGUCAAACUUCCACCUUAACCAUCGAAGGUGCAAGUACAGCCCCCAUAGAGGCAGGUACUGUAUUUCAAUUUGUUACCAGUUUUCAAGGAACAACGUAA